CUUCGCGGGCGGAAGGCGGCCGGCCGGAAGCGGGCGGCGGGAGGCGGGAGCCCGCAGGAGCAGGCCCGGAGCUGCUGGGCCCGAGCGGCGGCGCCGCCAUGUCCGACAGCGAGAAGCUCAACCUGGACUCCAUCAUCGGGCGCCUGCUGGAAGUGCAGGGCUCGCGGCCCGGCAAGAACGUCCAGCUCACGGAGAAUGAGAUCCGCGGGCUGUGCCUCAAGUCCCGGGAGAUCUUCCUGAGCCAGCCCAUCCUGCUGGAGCUCGAGGCCCCGCUCAAGAUCUGCGGCGACAUCCACGGCCAGUACUACGACCUCCUGCGGCUCUUCGAGUACGGGGGCUUCCCGCCCGAGAGCAAUUACCUCUUCCUGGGCGACUACGUGGACCGGGGCAAGCAGUCGCUGGAGACCAUCUGCCUGCUGCUGGCCUACAAGAUCAAGUACCCCGAGAACUUCUUCUUGCUGCGGGGCAACCACGAGUGCGCCAGCAUCAACCGCAUCUAUGGCUUCUACGACGAGUGCAAGAGGCGCUACAACAUCAAGCUGUGGAAGACCUUCACCGACUGCUUCAACUGCCUGCCCAUCGCCGCCAUCGUGGAUGAGAAGAUUUUCUGCUGCCAUGGAGGCCUGUCCCCAGACCUGCAGUCCAUGGAGCAGAUCCGGCGCAUCAUGAGGCCGACGGAUGUGCCCGACCAGGGGCUGUUGUGUGACCUGCUGUGGUCGGACCCCGACAAGGACGUGCAGGGUUGGGGCGAGAACGACCGCGGCGUCUCCUUCACCUUCGGGGCUGAGGUGGUGGCCAAGUUCUUGCACAAGCACGACCUAGACCUCAUCUGCAGGGCACACCAGGUGGUCGAGGACGGCUACGAGUUCUUUGCCAAGCGGCAGCUGGUGACACUCUUCUCAGCUCCCAACUACUGUGGCGAGUUCGACAAUGCAGGAGCGAUGAUGAGCGUGGACGAGACGCUCAUGUGCUCCUUCCAGAUUCUCAAGCCAGCCGACAAGAACAAGGGAAAGUACGGGCAGUUCAGCGGCCUGAAUCCCGGGGGCCGGCCCAUCACCCCACCCCGCAACUCAGCCAAAGCCAAGAAAUAGCCAGGAGAGCCUAUGGCCACCCUCAGCCCGUGGCCGGGUGUGCAGAGUCGGGGCCUGGGGAGCCCGCCAGGCACGGAGCCCGGAGCCCUGCUGGAGUUUUUUUUCUUUUUUUAAUGAGUCCAUAGCAGCGCCAGUCCCUCCCCCGGCACCCUCUGCCUUCGUGUGCGGCUGGUCAGCGGCAAGGGCAGAAGGGCCAGCCCGGGGCCGGCAGCUGGAUCCAGGGCAGCACAUCUGGUCUCUGAAUAAAGGUCAAAGCUGGAUUCUU